GCAGCGCAGGGGGAACAUGGAGAGCGAGCGAGACAUGUACCGCCAGUUCCAGGACUGGUGCCUUAGGACUUACGGGGACUCUGGCAAGACCAAGACGGUGACCCGUAAGAAAUACGAACGGAUCGUCCAGCUCCUCAACGGCUCCGAGUCAAGCUCUACCGACAAUGCCAAAUUUAAAUUCUGGGUCAAAUCGAAGGGUUUCCAGCUGGGCCAGCCGGAUGAGGUCCGCGGGGGUGGCGGCGGCGCCAAGCAAGUGCUCUUCGUGCGGGUCAAGACUACGGAUGGCGUUGGGGUGGAUGAGAAGCUAUCCUUAAGGCGCGUGGCUGUGGUGGAAGAUUUCUUUGACAUCAUCUAUUCCAUGCACGUGGAAACAGGGCCGAAUGGAGAACAAAUUCGGAAACAUGCUGGGCAGAAGAGAACUUACAAAGCAAUUUCAGAGAGCUACGCCUUCCUACCAAGAGAAGCGGUGACAAGGUUUCUAAUGAGCUGUUCCGAGUGUCAGAAAAGAAUGCACUUGAACCCAGAUGGAACCGACCACAAAGAUAAUGGGAAGCCUCCUACAUUGGUGACCAGCAUGAUUGACUACAACAUGCCAAUAACCAUGGCGUACAUGAAGCACAUGAAGCUGCAGCUGCUAAACUCACAGCAAGAUGAGGAUGAAAGUUCUAUAGAAAGUGAUGAAUUUGAUAUGAGUGAUUCAACAAGGAUGUCAGCUGUGAACUCUGACCUUAGCUCGAAUCUGGAAGAAAGAAUGCAAAGUCCCCAGACUCUCCAUGGCCAGCAAGAUGAUGACUCUGCCGCAGAGAGCUUUAAUGGCAAUGAGACUCUGGGGCACAGCUCAGUCGCUUCAGGAGGGGCUCAUGGCAGGGAGACUGGGGACUCCAGCAGUGAUGGCAAAACGGGGCUGGAACAAGAAGACCAGCCACUGAACUUGAGCGACAGUCCCCUCUCUGCACAGCUGACUUCAGAGUACAGGAUAGAUGACCAAGGCAGUAAUGGGAAAAACAAGUACAAGAACCUUCUAAUCUCCGACCUCAAGAUGGAACGGGAAGCAAGAGAAAACGGAAGCAAGUCUCCAGCACACAGCUACUCCAGCUACGACUCUGGCAAAAAUGAGAGUGUGGACCGGGGUGCAGAGGACCUGUCACUCAACAGGGGAGACGAAGAUGAAGAUGAGCAUGAUGAACACGAGGAUGCUGAGAAGGUGACCGAGACAGACGGUGUAGAAGCCGAGAGGCUGAAAGCGUUCAAUAUGUUUGUCAGGCUGUUUGUAGAUGAAAACUUGGACCGAAUGGUCCCAAUCUCUAAGCAGCCCAAAGAAAAGAUCCAGGCUAUCAUUGACUCAUGCAGGCGACAAUUCCCUGAGUAUCAAGAGCGUGCCAGAAAACGUAUCCGUACUUACCUCAAGUCCUGCAGGCGGAUGAAAAGAAGUGGUUUUGAGAUGUCUCGACCUAUCCCUUCCCACCUUACUUCAGCAGUUGCAGAGAGUAUCUUGGCUUCAGCCUGUGAGAGCGAGAGUAGAAACGCUGCCAAGAGGAUGCGUCUGGAUAAAGCCCAGGAUGAAGCUACUCCCGCUGACAAACAGUGCAAGCCUGAGGCAGCCCAGGCCACCUACUCAACAUCUAGUGUUCCAGGCUCACAGGAGGUAUUGUACAUCAAUGGCAAUGGGACCUACAGUUACCAUAGUUACCGAGGGCUAGGAGGAGGACUGCUAAACCUGAAUGACACUUCCAGUAGUGGACCCACGGAUCUCAGCAUGAAGCGGCAGCUGGCGGCUGGCUCAGGAUCGUCCAGCAGUUCAAACUCCAGACCUCAGCUGAGUCCAACAGAAAUCAACGCUGUGAGACAGCUUGUCGCAGGGUACCGAGAAUCGGCUGCAUUUUUAUUGCGCUCUGCGGAUGAACUGGAAAAUCUCAUUUUACAACAGAACUGAAGCAAACGAGGUCCAUACCCACCGAGUUCUAAGUUUGCAGUUCCCACUAAUGACACUUGAUUUCCCAGCAGAGAUGCUCCUGGUCUUGCAGCACAAUCUCUGAAGAGAAACACUUCCAUCCUGCCUCGUAGUCCUUGGCCCGUACACUGGUGUGUUAAGAAGCUUCAGAGGAACUCGGACCUUGAAGUACUCGAGAUGCUUAAAUGUGCCCAGCCACUUGCUUUCUGUUUUAGUGUGUCAACAUAAAUAUCAUAAGCAAUUUUUUAAAAAAGGCUGCAUAUUCUUAAUUCAAGGAUAAAAACGAAGAAGCUUGUGGUAUAUAUAAAAAAUAAUAGUUCAAGAUCCAGCUGAGAUAUUAGUGGAGUUUUCUACUGACUUAUUGGACCGGAAGCUGAAGUAUCUGGGGGAAAAAAAGCCAAAUUUCUUGUUGCUACAGGAUAUGACAGCAAUGAAAAGGAUCUUGUAUUUUAAAAGAAAAAUGUAAUUUUUAUAAAAAGAAUACUUGUUUUUCAUUCAAAAAUGGUCAUUUUUACUUUGGUAACUUUUUCAUAGGUCCUAAAAGAAAACUGUUUUUUGAGAAACUACUGUAAGUACCCUUCCAACAUCCCUUUUGCCUUCUACUCUUUCCAAAUUCUUUCUAGAUAUAUAUAAAAAGAAAACAACACUCAAUGCUGGAAAAAAAAAAAAAAAAAAAAAAAAAAAAAAACCUUUGCCUACGUUCUGUAAGCCGUCCCGUCAGGAACUACUUCCAAGAGAUGCCUACAUUCUGUACUUAACGCCAGUCUCCAAACACCCACGCGACAUGGCAGCUCACCACGGCAGUUUUCAUCCCAGAAUUUUCUAAGCGUUAUAAAACAAAGCGAAAGCCGGCACAUCGCGCUUUCCUUAGAGAUGCUCGCCCCUGGGGGCGCUGCUCGCCCUGGUAGCGCUGCUCUCACAAGUCACCCUCCAGAGCAGCGACUGGAUGAAGAUGACUGAAUGUUAUGAGGUUGCAGGUGACAAUCCUAAACUUUGCACUCUCGUGUUUACUUUUCAUUUCUUUUGGAAAUAGUUUCCAGAAAAGGCUGUUAUAUCUCCUGAUACGAUUUGUAUAAUUUAGGGCGGGUGGGUUGUGCUAAAAUUGAGAAGCCUCAGCAGACAGAGCUGUACCUUACAAUGAACUGCCCCCAACCCCAUUCCCUGGCCCCCCAAGCUCUGCCCUUUUUUCUCCGUUUCUAGUGUUAGACACACACUGAGUGGUGGUUUCUGUGCACUGAAGCAAGCCUAUUUUUGAAAUAUUUAAGGAGAAGUACUUUUAGUUCAUGCUUGUACUAUUUUCCUUUCUGUUGUUUAGCUUUGGUUGAAUUAUGAAUUCCUUGUGCAUUCUUGAAUUUGCCUUAUUUUAUGUAAAAUCUGUGUCCUUUGGUUUUUGACAAUGGGUUGAAGGCAUCAGUGGUGUUCCUUUCCUACUUGUUACAUAUAGUUUUCCAAGUACUGACUGUGAUUGUGACCGGGUAAUGUGCACUUUUUCUUGUAACUGUGGACAUUGCUAUGCUUUUUUUCUUCUAGUGUUUCUAGAAUUAUUGUUCCUUACAGUUACGUAAACAAAACAAAAAAAACAACAAAAAAAGAAAUUUUGUGAUACUGUUGGUGAAUAUAAUGUGAAAAUCUUAUUGAAAUAUGAGUAUUUUGGAAAUACAUAGAUGCACAAACAUCUUUUAAAGGUGUGAAUUUAGAGUUUGCUUAUUUAAUGAAAAUUUUAAAAAAUGAGGGCUGGUAUAAUUUUCUCUGUUUUUGUUUGGUUUAAUAAACAGAAUUCUGU